AUGCUCAUAAUCGUCGGCCCGCUGGUCUAUCGCCUGGUGGCCGCAUUUUUUGAUCUCGAGCGCGACUUCAAGAGCAUUGUCGAUCAUUUCGACGACGUGACAAACGGGUUGAUUUACUCUUAUAUUUUGUUUACGCUGGGAAAUUAUGCACACACGUUUGGCUGGGUCACCCUGGUCUUUUACUUUGUGGGCCUUUUAUGCUACUGCGGUCUGGUCGAGCUGCCAUUUAUGCGCAUGAGUCUGCCCGGCUGGCGCUCCUGGAGCAAAGCUGCAUGGGCAGUAAACCUGGCUGGACUGGUGGCGGUUCUUGUGGCUGCCGGAUUUCACAUACGCUGGUCGUACAAGGCGGGGAUUUUGCAAUGGUACCUGCCCUUGUUUGUGCUGGCAACGGCAAGCGUCUGGUCGACGGCUUUUGUCAAGCAGCUGCAUCACCAUUGCAUAGACAAUUGCCCGGAAGGGCUAGGAAUUGAAAAACGUACUCGUCGCGCUGCUCUGGUCCUGUUUACGUCGCGCAACGCGCAGAGCCGCCGCGAGCACCAGGCUGAAGAGGUCAUCCAGCUGGCGGAGCUGCGCGAGCGGGCAGAGCAAUAUGCCAUUUGUGCAUCCGAGCAAUUGAGCUCGCCGUCAGAGCAGCUGCCCAGCAACGGCGACAGUACCAAUGUGCCUAGCCCAAUAGCCUUAAAAUAUGCGGAAUCGAGGGAGCUCAGUGAUACAAACAGCGAGGUUGGACCAGCUAGCACUAGCAGAGCUCUGCUCAACAUGCCCAUGGAACCCGAGCGUCAAGAGCGCAUCAACUCACUAUCAUGCGAGCAGAAAAAAGUGCAUAUCGAGGAAAGGCUCAAGAACCUACAUUACUUGAAUGUUCAGACCAAUGGACCGCUUCCGCUAUACCGAUAUCAAUUGCAUUUGCAUCAUUGGCAGAUAUUUUAUAUUCUGUCGUUCUUUACCAGGUUUGAUGAGUUUGCUUCGCAAGCAUGUGCAGGAAUCGUUUUGGGAAUAUUCACCCAUGGAUAUGCGGCAUAUGGAUUUGACACUAUGAUGGAGCGCAAAGGCGAGUAUCAAUGCUGA